AAGAUUAAUAAUUUUCAAAUAGGGUCACUCUCAUAAUUUAAAGCAGGCUCUUACAAAAACAUAAAGAAAAUUUUUCAAUCUACAACACAAAACAGAACCAAACUAAUGGAGUUUAUGUUUCUUGUGCUGCUUUCUGUACGUGGCACGCAGUCCAUGCAAGCUUGGAAGGAAUCAAAACAAACGUGUAUUAUUUCCUUUCUUGACCAAGUAGACCCAUAGUAAUUAAAGGUUAAUUGAAAUCUGGAAUUUGCUAUAGAUUCGAGGGUUAAAUCCAACUAUAACUAAUCAACUACGGGGUUUUGAGCCAAUUUUUUUUUCUUGUUUGUCUAUAUAACAAACGUGUAACAAAAACAAAACCCUAGUUUCAUCUUACAGAGCCACCCCCUCCCUCCCCUCAGAACGAUCUCAAUGAUAAUGUCCGAUCUUCCUCCAGAUUUGGUAGAUGAAAUACUCUGUAGGGUUCCAGCCACCUCUCUAAAACGAUUACGAUCUACUUGCAAACGAUGGAAUGCUUUAUUCAAAGACCGCGUGUUCACCGAGAAGCACUUCCAUAAAGCUCCAAAGCAGUCCUUGGUUUUCGCUUUGAAGUAUGAGGAACCCUACGCGUUGGAGGAAUCUAAUGCUUUCUUAGUGAGCGUCAGUCUCGACGCUCCGUCUCCAUCUAUAGAGAUUAAGGUUGCACUUAGCCUAAUGGAUCCCGCUUCUAGUUCAAAAGAAGUUGGAAUAGACGAGAUUAUUCACUGCGACGGUUUGUUGUUAUGCAUUACCAAUAUGGACGAUAGAAUUGUGGUUUGGAACCCAUGUUCUGGAGAAACAAGAUGGAUCCAAACUGAACCUUACUAUUAUCUGUUUGCUUUAGGUCACGACAACAACAAACUUUGUCAUGCUUACAAAAUUUUGAUGUUUUACAGGCGAAACAACAUUGAUGUGUUUGAAAUUUAUGAGUUGAGCUCUGAUUCAUCGAGGGUUCUUGAUGAUGUCACUCUAGACUGGUCCUUUGAACCAACGUGUGUGUCUUUGGAAGGAAAUUCCUACUGGUAUUCUUCGGAUCAAAAAGACGCCUUCUUGAUUAGUUUUGAUUUUAGGAGAGAGCGGUUUAGACAUCUAUGUCUUCCUACCUUUCAGAGUCAUGGUCGGAUAUGUCUGUCAGUUGUUAGAGAAGAACAACUCUCAGUGUUACAUAAAUGCUAUAAUACAUCAAAGAUGGAGGUAUGGGUGACCAGUAAAAUUGAUACCGAAGCUGCCUUGUGGACCAAAUCCUUUACAGUGGAUUUACACAAUGAUUUUGAUAAGGUCCCAUUCAGAUUUUUGAUUGACGAGGAGAAGAAAGUGGUGGUGUGUUGUAAUGUCGACAUGACGGUGUACACGAUUGAUAAAUAUAACGCAGAAUCAUCUUCUGUAGUCUCUUCUACAGUGCUAUCAUGGCAUCCACUCAUUUACAGCUACGUUCCAAGUUUGGUUCAAAUCUAGCAAAGUAGAGGAAAAAGGAAAGAAAGAAACUAAUGGUUGUAGACAUUAAUUUGUCGUUUGAUUAGUUUAAUGACUUUGAUCUGUUAUGCUUCCUUCUUCUCUUUCAUUACACUCAAGUUGAAUCGAUGACAAAAACAACAGCCAGCUUUAUUUAUAAAUCUUUUUUUGUUUUAUGUCUUGUAGAGAAUCAAAGACAAAAUGACUAAUGAUAUGAGAGAGAAAUAGAAGAUAUAAGAAUUGAACAUAUCGAAAACGAAGCAACUUGCUCCAUUUGCAACCAAGUAUAUAUGAUUACUAAGUGAGGUUUAGUUUCUUGAAACUUGCGUCUUUAAUUUUAAGUUGUGAUAUACUUUCUGAGACUGAUCAUUGCACUGCAAGACGUACAAGUACAACGUUGCCAGUUGCCACACAGGGAACUGUGGCUCGUCUAACCCUGACUUGUGUUUUAUGUUUUAGUUCUUUUGUUUCACGAAGUUAAAUAAGUUUGAUAUAUAAAGCUAAUUGUUUGAAUGAAAAGUUUAGUAGAGAGGAAGAAAAUGUUAAGUUUUUGAAAAACAAAAUUUUGAAGAAGAAAGUUUUAUUAUUUUAAUGUUUUUUUUGCUCCAACUUAAUUAUAAAUGAGAGUGAAUAGACGUAUUAUAAUUUAUAGCGUGAUAAGUAUCAUCAGGCAUACUAUCGAAAGAAGAAGAAGUUGUUGAAGAGUAAAGAAGUGGAGGGUGAGACAAGUGGAGAGAGAGAAAUGCCGUUAGAAGAUUUGAAGUGAAGAUAUUGAAAGAUUUGGAGUCAGAAGGAGGGUUUGCUACUCUGGAGUAAAGUAGUAUAAAGAAGAGUCAAAAUUGUAUUUCGUUAUUCAUGCUUUGUUGUAGUUUGUUAUUGACGCCAUGAGUCAUAACUUCUCAGUCGUUAUAAGACUGAUGAACUCAGCUGGAUUCGCCAUGAAAAUCUAGUUGUUUUUAUACUCAAAAGCUUUAUUCCUUUAUUAUCAAUACAAAGAGAGUUUGUUACAUAGAUCUGAGAGUUAUUGGUAGCUAAAAGCCUAAAACCUAUCAUAGUGCUUCUAUAUUACAAAAUAUCCUUAACAUUUAGACCAAAAAAAAAAAUAUUACAAAAUAUCUCUAAUAUUUAUCACAAAUUCUAUAUUAUUUUACCAUAAUAAAUAGAUUUUUAGUCUAGUUACGUAGAUAAUUGUAUGAAAUAUCUGUUAUAAGGAGGUAAGAAAUUGUUCUUAACAAAUUCCUGAACUUGAGUAAAGUUUGGGCUAACAUUUGAUUAUUUGCCGAACAAUGCUUGAUCGUAAUCAACAAUUCUCCACACCUCCUCUUAACCUUCUUUUGGUUACUCCAAGCAAACUUCUAAUCUUGUAAAGUCUUCUUGCUUCAGUGAGUUGGAGAAGACUUGGUGAAGAUUUCGACUGUGAUCAAUCAUCAAAUUUCAAUUUCAAAAGAGCUAAGAUCUAUGAAAGGCUAAGAUGGAUGAUAUACGCUUCACCAAGACCUUAUAGUGCUGAGGACAUUGAGACACAAGAGUAGUGAAAUAAAGUUCAAAGGAACCAAAUUUCUUAAGUCUGAGAUUAUAAGAGUUGCAGAAAGCAAGAAACAAAAGGCAAAAACAAAAUGGUUUACGUUCUGCGAAAUAUUCUGAAAUCAACAUUAACUAAAACAAAGUUGCCCCACUAGCA